AUUUGCGACUAAUUUUGUUUUUUGUAUUUUCCCUUAAAAAAAAAACACCCUUCUCCAAGUUCCCGCGGCGGCACCCACGCACGAAUUCGACUCUCGCCACGCCGCUCCCUCAACUCCAUCCCACCAAACCUCCCCUGGUGACAGCCGCUGCAUCCCACCCCGAUCCCCGCUACCUCUACUUAACUCGACUCAACACUUCCUAUCCGAAUAAUCAUAACCGCUAGUUAAAGGAGACGGUGAAAAUGUUUUACCUUAGCAGAAUUGAGCACACAUUGCGUUUGCCGCCUCAUCUCCUUGGCAAUCCUCUUGAUGAAGCUGUUAAAUCAGAGUUAGAAGGUAUUUUCUUGGAUAAGGUUGUUGCAAAUUUGGGACUCUGCAUUUCUGUGUAUGAUAUCUGCAAAAUUGAAGGUGGCUUUAUUUUUCCAGGGGAAGGUGCUUCCACAUAUGCGGUUGAGUUUAGAAUGGUUGUAUUUCGCCCCUUUGUGGGAGAGGUUAUCACUGCAAAACUCAAAGAAUCUGAUGCCAAUGGUUUGCGCUUAUCUCUUGGGUUUUUUGAUGACAUUUACAUACCUUUUCAUCUUUUGCCAAGUCCAUCUCAUUCCGAGUCUGACCCUGACAAAAGGUACAAUGUCCGAUGGAUAUGGGAAUUUGGAGAUACAAAAUAUCCGAUCGAUGGAAUAGACGAGAUCAAGUUUCGAGUUAUUAGUGUUAAGUAUCCUCCAAUUCCUAUUGAGCAACCGGAAGGAUCAAAGCCAUUUGCCCCUAUGGUGGUUACUGGAUCGGCUGAUUACGAUGGUCUCGGUCCUGUUUCAUGGUGGUAGGUUGUUUGUGAUCUUAUUCUAUGAAGCAGAGGAAGUAUUUCUUUUAUGCUUGUUACAUUAUAUCUGCUUUUAAAAGUAGAAAUUAGACCAGUCUCGGCUUGGUUCAGUUCAAUGUUCUAAAUCUCACUUAAAUAGGAAAAUUUGAUGAUAUCUGUAGCUAGGGUUAAUUUGUUAUUGUAUCUAGUUUCUAAAUUUUCAUUCCAAAGGUUGUCAACAAGUAAUUGAUGAGCAGCUAAUUACGGUUUCAUUUCAAAGUCUAAGAAGGUUGAAGUUUGUGGA